AGAAUAGUUUUCUUUGCGUUUGAUCAGGCGGCCAGCGAUGUGCUCAAAGUGUGCCCCGCACUCGUCACGUGGAGUUUUAUCGGAAACAUGCUGAGGCUCACGGAGAACCGCACUGAGCUGGCAUGGUGACCACAUACGACAACCCGUUACACAAGCGUGCUCACACACAACACAGCACAAGGUAGGUAUGCCUGCAGUCUGUAAACGCAGAGAGAGAGAGAGAGACUGCGAUAGGUGAACAGAUGGACCAGUCUGGGCUGUUGUUUUUUUUCGGGGGGUGCAGGUAAUAUAAGCCCAGAGUCAAUCAUAGUCCAGUCAUUCCUGGACGCAACAUCUCUCACAGAAUGACUGGCACAGAUGCUCAUCGUGGCGGGUGCAGAGAGAAGCUCCGAACAGCUGAUCGUUUCACAGAGGAUGAAACACACAGGCUUCAGACGUUUGUGUGGAGGUAUUGGAUUAAGGUGGGAUUCCCUCUGCAGUGCAGAGGAUGUCGUCUGGACUAUCUGAUCAACGACAGGGGCUACGCUACAUUCCAGGGACAGCAGGACCAUGUGAACUUCUCACAGGGCGGCAGUGAUGAAGCACUUGUCUCUUGCUUUGUCAACUCGCCUGAUGGCGGUGGGGAGAAGGGACAGAUUGCUGUCAAAAGCAAUCCCAGUGCUUCUCCUGGAUACAGAAGCGCCCGUCCUUUCGUAAGCUCCCACACGUACCAGCUGUACUCGCCGACGGAGGUGUUGAGCAUCGGCUUCCUGGCCGCAGCCAGGCUGGAGAGCGUGGCCAUCGACGUGGUCGAGCGCAAGGAGCUCAACACAGUCUACAUGCAAACUGCCGAAGCCGUCCUGGUGGAGAGGUACAGGGAGAAGAGAGCGUUAGAGUCCCUGAGAGGGAGGUGUCAGGUCCUGAAGAUCAAGAAGGAAGAAGAACAAGCAGGGGACAACCGUGUGGGCGGAAUGGAGAGACUGGCAGUGAAAAACGAGUAGACCCCCCUGUCCGCUCCAGUCAGAAGGUGCAGAACUGCAGUCUCUCUCUCUGCCUCCCUCCCUCUACCUCUCUCCCACCACCCUGACCAGGCACUUCGGAGACCAGUGCCUCCGGUCCCGCACACAUCCCUGCCUUGGAAUCCUCUACAGCUCCCCGGCGCCCCCUGCUGGUCGCCGCUGGCCUCCACAGCUCCUGCCGGAUGGAUCAGAGCCCCCGCAAAGCUACCGCUGUUUAAGCACAACACAUCAGUCAAGAAGUGCAGAUCUUGAUGUGAUCCGUUUCUCUCUGCUUUCCUGUGCCUUAAUAAAGAAACUGCGAUUUUACCCAG